AUGUAGGUUAAAAUCCUUCUCUUACCAAUGAGCCCCUACGUCAUUAUAAUCCUAUUAUCAAGCUUGGGACUAGGCACAACCCUAACCUUUAUAAGCUCCCAUUGAUUACUAGCCUGAAUAGGACUAGAAAUUAAUACAUUAGCGAUCCUCCCCCUAAUAGCCCAACACCACCACCCACGAGCCGUAGAAGCAACAACCAAAUACUUUUUAGCACAAGCAGCAGCAGCAGCCACAAUCCUAUUCGCCAGCACUAUAAACGCUUGAAACACAGGAGAAUGAAACAUCUCAUGUCUAACAGACCAAACCGCCGUCACACUAACCACUAUAGCAUUAGCACUAAAAGUAGGACUAGCCCCAAUACACUUCUGAAUACCACCCGUAAUACAAGGACUAGACCUCACAACAGGCCUAAUUAUAGCCACCUGACAAAAACUAGCACCAUUCUCCCUAAUUAUUCAAAUAGCCCCACUAACACACCCACAACUACUAACCGCCCUAGGCUUAGCAUCCGUAUUUAUUGGGGGCUGAGCAGGACUCAAUCAAACCCAACUACGAAAAAUUAUAGCCUACUCAUCCAUCGCACACCUAGGAUGGAUAAUUACCAUUACACAAUUCAAACCAGAAUUAACAAUUCUCACACUAAUCAUAUACAUUAUCAUAACCUCAGCAACCUUCCUAACAUUCAAACUAAUAGGAGCAACAAAAAUCAACACACUAGCAAUAAACUGACCAAAAACCCCAAUCAUCACAGCAACCACUGCCCUAACACUACUAUCCCUCGGAGGACUACCCCCAUUAACAGGAUUUAUACCAAAAUGACUAAUCCUACAAGAACUCACAACACAAAAUUUACCACUCACCGCAACAAUUAUAGCCCUCAGCGCCCUACUAAGCCUAUAUUUCUACCUACGAUUAUGCUACGCAAUAACCCUAACAAUUUCACCAAAUACAAACAACUCAUCAACCCCCUGACGCCUACAAAAUAACCAAAACACCAUCCUAUUAGCAAUAUUCAUAACCACCACACUCCUACUACUACCACUCACACCACUAGUUCAAGCACUAGUCAACUAGAGAUUUAGGAUAACACCAGACCAAAAGCCUUCAAAGCUUUAAGUAGGAGUGAAAAUCUCCUAAUCUCUGUCCUAAGACUUGCAGGACUCUAUCCCACAUCUUCUGAAUGCAACCCAGACACUUUAAUUAAGCUAAAGCCUUACUAGAUGAGAAGGCCUCGAUCCUACAAACUCCUAGUUAACAGCUAGGCGCCCAAACCAGCGAGCAUUCAUCUACUUUCCCCGCCGCCUACACAUAAGGCGGGGAAAGCCCCGGCGGGGGUUUAACCUGCAUCUUUAGAUUUGCAAUCUAACAUGUUAUACACCACAAGGCUUUAAAACUGAUUGAUAGGAAAAGGACUCAAACCUUUGUUCAUGGAGCUACAAUCCACCGCCUAACCCUCGGCCAUCCUACCUGUGACGAUCACGCGCUGAUUUUUCUCAACCAACCAUAAAGACAUUGGCACCCUUUAUCUAGUAUUUGGUGCCUGAGCCGGAAUAGUCGGCACAGCCCUUAGCUUGUUAAUCCGGGCGGAACUAGCACAACCCGGAGCCCUUUUAGGAGACGACCAGAUUUAUAAUGUUAUUGUUACUGCACAUGCCUUCGUAAUAAUCUUCUUUAUAGUAAUACCAAUUAUGAUUGGUGGCUUCGGAAACUGACUAGUGCCACUAAUGCUAGGGGCUCCUGAUAUAGCAUUCCCACGAAUAAAUAACAUAAGCUUCUGACUACUUCCCCCAUCAUUCCUAUUGCUACUCGCCUCAUCAGGUGUUGAAGCAGGGGCUGGGACAGGGUGAACAGUAUAUCCACCCCUUGCAGGAAACCUCGCACAUGCAGGAGCUUCCGUAGAUUUAACUAUUUUUUCCCUACAUCUAGCAGGUGUCUCAUCAAUUCUUGCAUCUAUUAAUUUCAUUACAACUAUUAUUAAUAUGAAACCCCCAGCUAUUUCACAAUAUCAAACACCUUUAUUUGUCUGAUCAGUAAUGAUUACAGCAGUACUCCUACUGCUCUCCCUCCCCGUACUAGCAGCAGGAAUUACCAUGCUAUUAACGGACCGAAAUCUAAAUACUACAUUCUUUGACCCUGCCGGGGGAGGAGACCCAAUCCUCUACCAACAUCUCUUCUGAUUCUUCGGACAUCCAGAAGUAUAUAUUCUAAUUCUACCAGGUUUCGGAAUAAUUUCCCAUAUUGUAGCCUACUACUCGGGCAAAAAAGAACCAUUCGGCUAUAUAGGAAUGGUUUGAGCAAUAAUAGCAAUCGGCCUUCUAGGGUUCAUUGUAUGAGCCCAUCACAUAUUUACAGUAGGAAUAGAUGUAGACACCCGAGCAUAUUUUACGUCUGCAACAAUAAUCAUUGCAAUUCCAACAGGUGUAAAAGUAUUUAGCUGAUUAGCCACACUACAUGGAGGAUCUAUUAAAUGAGAGACUCCAAUACUUUGGGCCCUAGGAUUCAUCUUCCUAUUCACCGUAGGUGGACUUACCGGAAUCAUAUUAGCCAAUUCGUCCCUAGAUAUCAUAUUACAUGAUACCUACUACGUAGUAGCCCACUUCCACUAUGUACUAUCAAUAGGAGCUGUCUUUGCCAUUAUGGGAGCCUUCGUACACUGAUUCCCCCUAUUUACAGGAUACACAAUACAUGAUACAUGAACAAAAAUCCACUUCGGAACAAUAUUUGUGGGAGUAAACUUAACAUUCUUCCCACAACACUUCCUAGGCCUAGCCGGAAUACCACGACGAUACUCAGACUAUCCAGAUGCCUAUUCACUAUGAAACAUCAUUUCUUCUAUUGGAUCAAUGGUAUCUAUAGUAGCAGUUGUAAUAUUCCUAUUUAUUUUAUGAGAAGCAUUUGCCGCAAAACGAGAAGUUCUAUCUGUUGAACUAACUGCCACAAACGCAGAGUGACUCCACGGAUGUCCACCACCAUACCACACAUUUGAAGAACCUGCUUUUGUACAAGUACAAACUAACUAACGAGAAAGGAAGGAAUCGAACCCCCGUAAACUAGUUUCAAGCCAGUCACAUAUCCACUCUGUCACUUUCUUUAAUAA